AUGCUCGCACAAAAAAUGCAUGUCAAGAUCCCCAAAGAAUUAGAUAGUGAAAGUUUCCACAUGAUGAUUGCAAUAAUCACCCCUGAGAAUGAAGUCCAGGUAUUUAACUUCGGUACCUCUUGGGCUGGUCUAUUCCGAGACGGGAAUUUGAUUGCUCACACAGUCCUUCAAAAGCGCCAAGACAGCUCGUACCAAUAUGGACACUCUGCAAAACCUGCGGAAACUAUCUGGGAUGUUUCAGAGCACAAAUGGCAAGCUCAGCCAGGUGACCUAGUCUUAUCAGAUGAGCCAUUUUUGAAGGAGAAGGAUUUUGAUUUGUACGCUAUGGGUAUUGUGAAGGCAGCGAGAAUAGCUGCCGGGGAGCAGCCUAACAACGAUAUGUUUGCUUCGGUCAUCCGAAUUGGCGAGGAACGUGACUCAUAG